CAAUGGCAUAGGGUUGACCGGUUGGUCAAACGGGGCCAAAUUAUCAGUAUCGACAAUUUAUUAGAUAACAGCCCGAAAAGGGAUUUCGGAGACUUCUAAAUUGAAUUUGGGGAAUGCAUAUUGAUUCUAAGGUCCAAUAAGGAUUGGGAACAAGUGUUAUAUUUUAUUUGACCCGAUAAGAUAAAAUAUACUUAAAACUGUCCGGAAAAUACAACUUUCGGGACCGAUUGUACACUCAGGUACACAAAGGGUUGACCUCCCACAUGAGUGGGGGCCAACCCACGUCCUUGGUAUGGAAAAUAGCAAGGGGAGCCGCAUCAUGGAGCUGAGAAUUGGCUGGGGAAGUGAUUGGGAGACCAAUCAAUAUGAGGGUGGGACCAUUGCCAUAUGAUUUGGUGAGUAAUGCCAAAAUGGCAUCCUCAAUCACCCCUCACCCCAUAUGCUCGGUUCAAUCAUCCAAGGAAGGGAGAGAAACUCUGAAAAUACUCCAUUUCCUCAUCCUUUCACGCACCAAGAACAAAGGAGGAAGAAGGAGGGGAAAAGAGAAGAGAAAAGUUGGUUUUGGAGAGGAAAACUUGUGUUUAGCAAAGUAUUCAAGGAACUUUCACGGAGUUGAAAAGGUUGCCGGAGUUGUCGCCGGAGUUCGUCGAAGUUCGCCGGAGUUUCACCGAAGCUAAAUCGGGAAGGCUAGGACUUCAUAAGCUUCAUUAAGGCCCAGAGCCUAAUCGGUCCAGGCCCCGAACUUGGACCAGCGGGCCCAAGCCCAGCAACCCAGAGCUCGAGUCAGUCCAACCAACCAGGGAAAUCAAGGAGCGGAAGCCCAAGAGAGCCUGUCGACCAGCCCAGUGGGGAGCCUGCCUUCCAGCCCAGUGGGGAGCCCGCCUUCCAGCCUAGCCAGGAGCCUGCCGACCACCAGCCCGGCUGGGAGCCUGCGGUCCAGCCCAACUGGGAGCCUGCGGUCCAGCCUACCCGGGAGCCUGCCUUCCAGCCCAGUGGGGAGCCUACCUUCCAGCCUAGCCAGGAGCCUGCCGAUCACCAGCCCAGCUGGGAGCCUGCGGUCCAGCCCAACUGGAAGCCUGCGGUCCAGCCUACCCGGGAGCCUGCCUUCCAGCCUACCCGGGAGCCUGCCUCCAGCCCGUUCAGAAGCCUUCCUCCAGCCUAGCGGGAAGCCCACCAUCCAGUCCAGCAGGAGGGAGCUCAAGCGUCCAGCCUGCCAGCCAGGCUGACCUGCCAGCCAAGAAGAGUAACGGCCAACAAUUAAUGCGCGA